GAUACAGUCCCAUUAAACCCUUUUUUUCUUUUUCUUUUUUUUUCAAUUUUGUUUCCGUUGUGAGAGAAAGAAGAUUAAGAGGGACUCUUGAACACCAUUGAAGAGAAACGAAAGAGAGCGAGAGAGGGAUCGAUUUUGUUUACUGUUAAUGGAGUUUGCUGCUGAGAGAUAAGGAGAUAGAGAGAUAGAGAGAGAGAGAGAGAGAGAGAGAGAGAGAGAGAGUCUAUUCAUUCGAGUUUUCAGGGAUCGUUGAAAGCUAAAGAUACUAGAAAUAAUAAUGGGUGGAUCAGAUGAGAACAAACACGGAGUUAUUGGACCGAUGAAUCGACAAGAGGGUUUACGUGGAGGAAAGGUAAUUCCGACGAAUGGGCCGACACGAAGAGCACUCAGUAAUAUAAACAAGAACAUCAUCGGAGCUCCGGUUUAUCCUUGUGCUGUCAACAAGAGACCAUUCACCGGGGAAAAUGGGAUAUGUCAGAAGAAGAUCCCAACUGUUCCUGUGCAUCGACCAAUUACUAGGAAGUUUGCUGCUCAGUUAGCUGAAAGCAAUCCCCAAAUCCAGAAGGAGGAAACCAAGAAAUCAGACUCGAUUUCGAACGCACCUUCAGACAGAAUCAUAAUAGAUGGGGAAAAAGAUGGGGACUUUAAUGAGCCAAUGUUUGUCCAGCACACUGAAGCCAUGCUUGAGGAAAUCGACAGAAUGGAGGGUAUUGAAAUGGAAGAUUCGAAUGAUAUUGAUGAUGAAAUCGAAGAAUGUGUGAUGGAUAUAGAUAGCUGCGACAAGAAUAAUCCUUUAACAGUGGUCGAAUAUAUUGAUGACAUUUACAACUUCUACAAGAAAAAUGAGUGUCGUAGCUGCGUCCCUCCUAAUUACAUGGAGAAUCAACCUGACAUUAACGAGAGGAUGAGAGGGAUCCUUAUUGAUUGGUUGAUUGAGGUACAUUACAAGUUUGAGCUUAUGGAGGAGACGCUUUACCUAACAAUCAAUCUCAUCGACAGAUUUCUUGCGGUUCAUCAUCAUAUUGCAAGGAAAAGGCUUCAACUUGUGGGUGUUACAGCUAUGUUGCUUGCUUGCAAGUAUGAGGAAGUUUCAGUUCCAGUUGUAGAUGAUCUCAUCCUGAUCUCUGACAAGGCUUACACUAGACGAGAAGUUCUUGACAUGGAGAAGUUAAUGGCGAAUACCUUGCAAUUCAAUUUCUAUCUCCCAACUCCAUAUGUGUUCAUGAGGAGGUUUCUCAAAGCUGCACAAUCUGACAAAAAGGUAGAGCUUCUAUCCUUCUUCAUCAUCGAGCUUUGCUUAGUGGAGUACGAGAUGCUUCAGUACACUCCCUCUCAGUUAGCUGCUUCAGCGAUCUACACUGCUCAAUCCACGCUUAAAGGAUUCGAGGCAUGGAACAAAACCUGCGAGUUCUACACUGGCUACACCGAAGAGAAGCUUAUGGACUGUUCGAGAAAGAUGGUUGGUUUGCAUCACAAGGCAGGAACAGGGAAGUUAACAGGUGUUCACAGGAAAUACAACACAUCCAAAUUUGGUUAUGCUGCAAGAACUGAACCAGCUGGGUUUCUUCUGCUGUAAUCCGAGUUUUAACACUGAAGAGAAGAAGAGAGGGAGAGAGAGAGAGAGAGCAACAUAAGUUGCAUAAGAAUAAGUGCUUUGGUUUGUAGACAUGAUUGACUUUCACUUCGGGUUGACGUUGACUUAUAAUCCUUGACUUCUCUUGAA